CCAAACUGCCCCGCCCACCUCCAUCCCCAUAAAACUGAACCACCCACUUACGUCCUCCCCACACACACACCAUUUUCUCCUCUCACAACUCUCUCCGGUUUCCACUCCCAAAAAACCAACCCACAAACUCACCAUGGGCGCUAAGAAGAACGCCGGCGGCGGGGACGACAAGAAAGGCGGCGACGGCGCCGAGCAGAAGAAGAAGGAGGACAACAACCCCAUCACUGUGGUCUUGAAGAUUGACAUGCACUGUGACGGCUGCACUUCCAAAAUCGUCAAAACCAUCAAAGCCUUUGAUGGGGUGGACUCAGUGAAGCCGGAAACAGGAGCCCACAAGCUGACUGUGGUCGGGAAAGUGGACCCAUCAAAGCUCCGGGAGAAGCUGGCCGGAAAGCUGAAGAAGAAGGUGGACCUGAUCUCGCCGCAACCCAAAAAGGAGAAGGAGAAGGAGAAUUCGAAAGAGGACAACAGCAACAAGAAGCAGCCUGAGAAAGCAGCAGUCAAGGACGACAAGAAACCCAAAGAGCCUCCGGUGACGACGGCGGUGUUCAAGCUUAAUACGCAUUGCCAGGGCUGCAUUGAUAAGAUUUACAAGACGGUCACCAAGACGAAAGGGUUCCAUGACAUAAACAUUGACAAGGAGAAGGAGCUGGUGACUGUGAAAGGAACAAUGGACAUGAAGGCAGUGGCUGAGAGUCUCAAAGUGAGGCUGAAGAGGAAUGUGGAGAUUGUGCCACCCAAGAAGGACAAGGACAACAAGGAGAAAGGGGAAGGCGGCGAGAAUGGGGGAGGUGGUAAGAAGAAGAACAAGGAGGAAGGAGGAGGGGAAGGUGGUAAUGCCGGUGGCGGUGGCGGCGGAGGUGGGAAAUUGGACAAGAUGGAUUUUCCGGCAGGGCAGCCCGGGUUUGGGCAGGUUCCUCCUUAUGGUGUUGUCUAUGGGUAUGACUAUCCACCACCAAUGAUCUACAUGGGGAAUCAACUUCAUGCACCUCAGAUAUUCAGUGAUGAGAACCCAAAUGCUUGCUCAAUUAUGUGAAUGUGAUGAUGAAUGCAUCAGCGACAGAAUCAGAAGAGAAGUGUUAGCUAGGCAGAGAGAAUAGACAAAGAAAUGGGGUUAAUUUUGUUCUGUGUGUCAGUCAAGCUAAUAGUGUUAUGUAUCGAACUGUUUAUCAAUGCUUUUGAUAUGAGUUAUUGUAAUGGGAUAUUAUGAUGAUGGUUAAAUGUCAAUUUGAGCAUAGAGCCUUGUGAUUUUA